AUGUCGGGAAUGUUGAGCAAGCGACAGCUUGCGCGGAACGAAAUGGCUCUGCAAGAACUUGUAAAAUCCCCGGGAAAUAAUGUUUGUGCCGACUGCCAGGCAAGAAAUCCAGGUAAGACCCAAGGCUCCAUAUUCAACAAACAUGAACUGAUCACGGAUGUAGGAUGGGCAAGUUGGAGUUUGGGGAUAUUCUUGUGUAUGCGUUGUGCGGCCCUACACCGAAAGCUGGGGACACAUAUCACAAAGGUUAAAUCGCUCAGUAUGGAUUCAUGGUCAAAGGAUCAAGUAGAUCAUAUGAAAAAGGUGGGAAAUGUUGCGUCGAAUCGAAUUUACAACCCACAAAAUACACGACCUCCAAUCCCUAUCGACGCUGAUGAGGCUGAUUCGGCCAUGGAACGAUUUAUACGGCAGAAGUAUAGCAAUGGACCUCAAGUCCAAAGGCGGAAUCACACAGGUAGUUCGAGUUCAGACGAUCACCCUCCGCCACUCCCCCCUAAGAAUGGGGCGAAGUUUGGCUUUAGAUCGGCUUCUUCAAUAUUUCCCCUUUCCUCGAAAGCAAAAAAAGACAAUGAAGAUGCGCGCGCAGAAUUUAACGAUUAUAAUCAACCGCCAUCGCCACCACCGAGAAAUAAUAAACACUCAAGGAUAUUUGGGACUUCUCUGGACGCAACGGAUGAUCUAGAGUCGAAGAUGGCGAAAUUACGAGAGCUAGGCUUUAGGGACGAGAAGAGAAAUACAACAGUGCUUAAGGGCUUAAAUGGAAAUUUAGAAAAGUCCAUUGAAACUCUAGUCCGGCUAGGUGAGGGCGGAUCUAGUGCAAGAACAGCAUCCUCUAUAAAUUCUUCUGGACCGCGAACGCCCGCUAGUCCGCCUGGUUUAUCAUUUGAGCGGCCUCAAGCAACUAGUCCCACAACGUCAUCAGCCUCUAACAACCCAUUUGAUAGACUUGAUAAUCCUGUCUUCCCUCAUGUGCAGUCUACACAGUCUACAGGUUCAAUGGCACAAGCACAGCGUCAGAUGAUGGGAGGAAAUCCAUAUCAGAACACUGCGAGCACAAAUCCGUUCGGAUUGAUGCCAUCUCAAUCACAGCUCAAUUUGAAUCAGGCAUUCCAAAAUAUGUCGGUUUCUUCACCACAGCCCCUUUUCCCUCACCAUACAGGUGGGGUCCCUGGUCCUCAACCACCGGCAGUACAACAACUAUAUCAACAAUCUAUGGCGCCUCCUGUUCCUUCCUUGCCACAGCACUACUAUCAGCCCGUCACAUACGACAAUCAGGCCCAAAAAUCUCAAUCACAGCAAUUUGAUCGAAAUAACAUGAAUACCAACCCAUUCAUGCAACAAGUACCGCCGCCAGUCGUCAACACUAACCUCCAAUCAAAUCCUUUUAUGCAACAAACCGCAACUAAUCAAACUUUGUUCGCAAGUCCAGUCGCUCAAACGUCUCAACAGCAAUAUCCACCUGGGAACUACAAUAUGGGAGGACAAAAUCCUCCACCACAAAUGAAUCCAUUCCUCAACCAAGCAAAUAUGCAACAGCAGCAGCAGCAGCAAGGAUUGCAAUCACAAUAUGGAUACCAACAACAACCGCAAUCUCAAUACCAACAACCUCAGGUACAACCUCAAACCUCUCAGUAUGACCAGUAUCGGCAGCAAACGUACCCUUUGAUGCCACAGCCGACUGGAAGAUUAGUAGAUAAGCGCAGUAUUUUGGAUCUCUACAAUUAUCCUCAAUUAGCGCCCACUCAGAUUCAGCAGCAACAACAACCACAACAACAACCACAACCAGAUUCCAUCCAACAGCAGGCACCUCAAGCCGCGGAAAUGGCUCAGCCUAAUGGACAAAUAUCAAGCGGUAGUAACAACCCCUUCGUGUCAAAUGUAGCGGCAGCACCAAACGCGGGAACGAACACUAGCAAUGGCUCCGGGAGACAAAUUAGUCGUGAGAGUAUGAUGAUAGAUGGUGGAGGUUGGCAAAAUGGAAGACAUAGUCCGGAUGCAUGGGGGCAAAUUAGUGGGAGGCGGUGA